AUGGCUUCAUGCUCGACUAGAGCCGAGACAACUCAAUGGCAGCACACGGACGACGAACCCGUCAAGUUUCUCGUGACCAUUACCCAGGAUCCGAUCUGUGUGACACUAGGGGCACCAGAAAUCGUCACAGUCUCGGUCUGCCUGAUCACGGCAAUACGGCUACUUCAACCUACCAUCCUCGUUCUUGUUGUCGCUUUUGUCCCCGUCCUCUUGUUCGUUCACAAUGAUUUUCAAAACUACCUAAAGCUGGGCCCGGGAGGUACACCGUCGACGUUCUUGGGUUAUCUCAAGAUCAACUGGCUCAAGCUCUGGGCGUUGCGGGAUCCCUUCGAACCUCUCAUCCAGGACGACGGUAUAGAGCCAGCAUGUGGCAUGCUCCGUAAAGAACCACUGCCGUACCGCUGUGGUCCAAGACCGAACGUCGUGGGUAUUGCACCCCAGCGACAAACAGACCAAUUCGGCUCUCGGGAAUGUUAUCUAGCCCUAAGACGUGUGCUGGCACGGCACAGCCAAGAGCACAACACCAUUCUAGGUCUCGGGACCUCGUGCUUCGAGAAGCACGGCAUCGGCUUGUUUGCACGCUACCCCGUAAACAAUACCUGCCAGGGCGAGAUUGUUCACGUGCACAACUCCGACUACGCCAUGCACAUGAACCUGCACCCCGAAGACCAGAAGGAGGUUCUCGCAAAGGGCUGGGGCCAACGGCAUCCUUUGACGGCACAGAGAUGGCUUAAAAUGCCCGUGCCCAAGAACUUCACCAUGGUAUAUGCCCCACGCUCGCCAGACGAGCUCAAGAUUGUCUGCCGUAUCAUCCAAGCAGCAGGGUACUGGGUCAUGGCGAAGGAUAUCGAACUGCAAAUGGACUGA